AUGAAUGACUACAAACUUGAAGAAGACCCUGUAACUAAAGAGAGAACUUUCAAGAGAUUUGCUCCAAGGAAAGGAGACAAUAUAUACACAGAAUUUAAACAAUUCCGUUUUUAUUCUGAUGCUUACAGACCUUUGAAAUUCGCGUGUGAAACAAUAAUAGAAGAGUAUGAAGAUGAAAUAUUUUUACUUAUCGGCCAGGAGGCAGACGAUCUAGCUGACAAGCUGUGCAGUGAAAAAUCAGAUCUGUGUGAACCUUCUACUAACCUCACUGAACUCUAG